GGCAGAUUCUUAUACACCCUAUUCACAUUUCCACUACCAUUUCAAUCCAUAAAGACAUCCACAUAUCCAACUUUAAACCAUCGGUCUCACUAUUUGGUUGCUCAUGACCGUCUCGGCUACUGCUACCUCCACGCCUCGUGCUGCCGCGCCCGUCGGUUCUGCCGCCACACCUACGCACCGCACCAAUGGAGCUUCGGCUUCAAGUCCUAUAUCCGAACAUCCACAUGCGCUCCAUGCCCAGGCUGGCGCCAUUGGUCAUCCACACUCACAUUCACGCUCACAUCCUUCUCUUGUUCCUUCACACUCUCACACCCAUCAUACCCACGCGAGUACUCAUAACCAUGCCCACGCGAAUACUCAUAGCCAUGGUAACCACAACUUCAAUCACUUACACUCACCCCCUGCUUCUGUUGCCUCGGCUUCUGCUGCACACUCGCCCGUAGACGCUAGCGAAUCGCCAUCUAGCUAUUUCCACUCACAACAUUCUCAAUCACAUUAUGGAGAGCCACAGUCUACAUACUCACACCUUCCUCCUGCACCACAACGCCACUAUCUUUACUCAUCGUCACUACCUGCAGAUUCACUCCCUCGUACUUUUGCCAGAUCUCCUGCCUACGACAAGGAAAGAUACGUUCACCCCCAUCAUGAGCCACCAAGUCCCUCUUCUUAUUAUCCUCCAUCCGUUCCUCGGCAAAACCCCCACUCUCAUCAGGCUCCUCCUGGCCCUUCACCUACUUCAAAAAGCAGCGGAUACACUCACUCACACAGUUACGACGACACAAUACCAAGAACUAACAACCACAAUAGCAACGGCUUUAGUAACAUCAGCAGUAAUCUGCCAGAGUACUCGUACCCCAUGACACCUUCUCAUAGGUCGCAUCGAGAUCAACAGCGACCGUUUCUUUUACAGCAUCAUCGUCAUUACUCUGAUGAGUAUCAACAUUCAUAUCAUGCUUCCAAACAGGCACACUCACAAGAAUCGGUGCCGACGCAAAAUUACUACACAAAUCCACAAGACCAUUCAUAUACUCAUCAGAGGCCAUUAUCACAGCAUCAUCAUCAACGUCCAGACAGCUCACAUCGCGAAUCAACCGAGCGGCAAGAGACUAUGCCCCAUCAAAAACCCCCGCCCAUUCAGACAAAGUGGACCGACGACAUGUCGCGUGGAUGUCCACCCUUCUCUUACCACAGUGGCUCGGGCUACACAUCCGGGUACCGUAGUGCAGACAGUAGGAUAUCGCCUGCAACACCCCGAUCUGUGCAGAUUCAUGGCUCCUACCUCCGCACUCCUAUCUCAGCUCCACAUGUCUUUACAGAAUCCCCUUUUGACUACCGGGAACCAAGUCAUUUCGGACAUACGAUUGCUAGCAGCUUACGCGGCAAGUAUGACCUUCGUGAAGACGAGAUGGAGCAUUGCUCUGAGCGGGACGAUGUUCAUGAGCGUGAACAUAGAUACAUUAGAGAAGGAAGAGAAGUGAAUGAAGAGCAUGGUGAAGAUGAUUACGCUAUGAUGGACAACCGGGCCAAGAAGCAAAAAGUAUCCGGUAUGGAUACUCGACCACCGGUCUUUAGGAAGACAUCGCCUUCCCGAGGCAUAAAAAAGAGCAGUGUCGAUAACGAAACAGAAGAUGAUGGAGAAGAAGACGCUCAAGGAAGUCACUUGACAUCAAAUCCUAGUAGUCGUAAACAGAGCGAUUCUGGAAGCGUCAAUGGAGAUGAGCGAUCACUUUCGGCUACCAAGGCAAAAAAAGCCAAAACGAAGCCGCAGAAACGAGGUCCUCGCCGCGCCUCUUUCCCGACUAACAUGGGGGAAGUCAUUGAUCAAAUUGAAGAUGAGGUGCAAGUUAAGAGUGGGUCACAGUCUGAGAAAGGACUCCGUGCAUUUGCACAACGUGUGUAUGAACGAGUUGAAGCCCUGGGCUCCACACUUUACAGUGAGAACUUUAUGUUGCUGAACAAGGAGGAAAUGUAGACACAGCACAAACUGAGAAAGAACAAGAGAAUAUCCGUCGACGCGUGUAUGAUGUUCUCAAUGUUCUGAAGGCUUUGGGUAUUAUUAUUUUUGACAACAAAGACAUCCGCUGGGUCGGUAU